AUGGACAGCAAGGUUGGAAGGAACAUACAGCGCCAUCAAACAACGAACAGCGACCACAGCACAUAUUGCGUUUACAGCGGCACUGAGUCAUUGUUAAACGAUACCCGCCUCACGCUCAGUGUCUUAGAGGGUGCUUGCAUGAUGUGGAACGACGAAGACAACAAUCCGUAUGGGACGAGCUUUGAGCGGCGAGACUCUGGGACGUCAUCCUCUGCAAACCAGAGCACAGCGGAGCAAGCCCAUAGCACCUCCGAUUCAGCCGCGCCAGAUGCCUUUGCCGACCCCCCGGACUUCGCCCAAUCGGCAGGCUUUGUGAAUGAAAGUGAUAGCGAGGAAGGUUAUGCCUCUGAAGCGUUGGGGAAUUCACGACCGGGGCCAAAACCGGGUGGUUAUGACAGCCGCGUGGAGCAGCUCCUAUACGAGAACCCCAACCUACCCAUCCUGAUCACGGAAGCUGGGAAAGGCGCGGACGGCACGAAGUAUAUUGCAUAUACCAUCAGGACAGGCGAUUUGGAAGUUCGCAGGCGAUACUCUGAAUUCGCAUCUCUGAGAGAUGCGCUCGCUAGGCUGCACCCGACUCUAAUAAUCCCGCCAAUUCCAGAGAAGCAUACAAUGGCAGACUAUGCUGCAAACCCCACGAAGGCGAAGCAGGACCAGCAAAUGAUCGAUUACCGGAAGCGGAUGCUGGCAGUGUUUCUGAACCGCUGUCGUCGCAUGGAAGACGUCCGCAAUGAUGGAGUUUGGUGGAGGUUUUUGGAUCCUAAUUCGAGCUGGAGCGAAGUUCUCCACACUCACCCCAUUGCAUCAAUUCCAAAAUCUACUCUGAAUGCGCCACCACUCGACACCGCAAAUCCCACCCCCGCUCAUGCCUACCUGCCACGACCACCUGCAUCUGCGAAACUCAAGGCUGCCGGAUAUUAUAAUACUAAUUCCCAGGGAAUGCUCAGCCAGCCAUCGGACUUCAAUUCUAGCCCAUCUGCUGCGGCGCACUCUACGCCAGGUCCGCAAGUAUUCGGCCGAUUCCCUCCUGACACAAAGAACAUGAGCGAGCAAGAUCUAGAUGGCUACUUUGUGAACUUUGAGGCUUCUUCGAAAGAACUAGAGCUCCUUCUAAUGGGUUCGAUGGAGAAAGUAAACAAAAGGACACUGACGCAUCUCGGCCAAUUGUCUUCUGAUUUUGCAGAACUAGGCGCCAGACUUAACGCUUUGUCAUUACCAGAACCGUCCGCGUCUCUUUCGGCGGCGAUCGAACGAGUUGGUCGGGCGGUGGACGAUUCGUACUUGGCCACGGAAGAGCUUGUCAACUCAGUAGGCGCUACCUUUGCCGAGCCCAUGCGCGAGUCGGCGCAAUUCGCAGGUGUCGUCCGCACUGUCCUCAAAUACAGGGUAAUGAAGCGAGUCCAGCAAGAAAUGGUGAUUGACGAGCUCGCCAAGAAACGUGCAACUUUAGACUCGCUCGAACGCAGCGAGGCGGAAGCACAGCGCAUCGAGCAGUAUCUGAGCAACGGCGGGCGCUCAGAGGGUCUACGCCGUUCUACUUCAUCGGGCCGGGACGCUCCAAGUAGGAGAGACGCCCACUCUGAAGAAACAGAAAGCAUCGACUCCGACUUCCCACCUACCCAUGAUGGCACCGCGCCCAGUGCACAGCAAGGCAUACCACAAGACCACAACGCCUUGUCUCACAAGAAGAGCAGCAGCGGGAACUUUAUCACCAACAAGAUCUUUGGGCGGAUCAGUCAUGCUGUCCAUGGGCUUGCGGACGUGGACCCGGAGAAAUCGCGGCGCGACAACAUCGGGAAGACCCGUGAGGCCAUUGGACACCUCGAGCAGGGACAGGUGGCUGUCGCAAAGGACGUCACGGAUGCGAGUGCAGGUGUGCUUAAGGAUCUGAGGAGGUUCCAGGAUGAGAAGGAGGAUGAUUUGAGGAGGUAUAUGCUCGCGUACGCCAAGUCGCAGAUCGAAUGGGCAAAGAAGAACAAGGAGACGUGGGAGGAUGCGAAGGUUGAGAUCCUCAAGAUUGACGAGUCGUGACAAGAUUGGGAUAUGUGGUGAUGGUUCUUUGAGAGCCAGGUAAUAUGUGACGUGUUGCAGAACACGUUGCGUUUGGGUGAUCCUCAUAUUAAUAUGGGGUUGUCGUAGGCGUUUGAAGUCGAGCGCUGAAUCAAAACA